AUGUUCCUCGUCACCGUGUCGCAGAGCGAGCCGAGCGGGCUGGGGGCCACAGAUCCGCAGGCUGCUGGCGGACGGGGUCCGCGCGCGCGGCGAGCUCCCACGGCUCAUGGCCAUAUGCUCUGCGCCGCCGACCCCAGCGUCCGCGUGCUCGCCCUCCGCGUCGCCUUCUACUGGGGCAGGGAGGACGUCGACGCCAGCCUCAACGCGCUCGUCUCCGUCGCAGAGAAGUGUUCGACGGAAUGCCUCUCACGAAGAAUGCACGUCGGCGGCAAGCCACUACCGGCGUGCGGCCACCUGUUCCACGAAGGCUGCGUCGAGCAGUGCCUCCGUGCACACCCGACGUGCCCGCUCUGCUGCGCCGUCGUCGUCCGGCUCCCAAAGACGCCAGCUGGAAUGCAGGACAGGAUGCACUGA